AUGGCUUCUUCAACUUGGCAAGAAAAAGCCGCUGCGAAGCAGCAAUCUUCAUUAAACAAGAUUCCGAAACAAUGGCGACUUCCAGCCGCCGUCACGGAGACGCUACAGAAGCCGCUCGCAGAACAUUCCAAUCGCAUACUUGAGCUGGACAUUCCGCGCAAGUCGGGCAUCAUGAGCGACAAAGAAAUAGAAAUCACCGAGAAUUUCACAGUGGAAGAGUUGUUGAACAAGCUGAGAGACGGCGUCUUUUCCGCCCUCGAAGUCACAUUGGCCUUUUCAAAAAGAGCUGCGCUGGCGCAGCAACUGUUGUCUUGUCUCACAGAGACAUAUUUCCCCGAGGCAGAGGAGCGUGCCCGCUUUCUCGACAGCGAGCGAGCACAGGGCCGUAUUGUUGGCCCUCUUCAUGGGCUUCCAAUUAGCGUCAAGGAUGGAUUCCAGAUCAAAGGUUCACAAGCUACUAUCGGCUUUGUGUCCUUCCUGGAUCGAGUUUCAGACAAGAACUCACCAUUGAUCGACAUUCUGAUCGAGCUUGGUGCAGUCAUCUACGUCAAAACCAAUAUCCCGCUGACACUUAUGACCGCUGACUCGGAAAACAACAUCUUUGGGCGGACAUUGAACCCGCACAACACAAGCCUUACUGCAGGUGGUUCCAGCGGUGGCGAAGGGUCGCUCGUUUCAUUCAGAGGCUCGCCACUUGGAAUUGGAACAGAUAUCGCAGGAUCAAUUCGCAUUCCUUCACUAUGUUGCGGGACUUAUGGCUUCAAGCCUACAACCUCACGCAUCCCUGACGGAGGCCAGGCUUCACCAGCCUCACCCGGUCUAGACUUCUUCCUUCCUUCUGCCGGACCGAUCGCCAACGACAUACACGCACUCGAGAUUUUAUCGCGUACCGUCUUAUCAGCAAGGCCGGCGCUUCACGAUUCCACGGCGCUCGACGUUCCAUGGCGACAGCUGCCACCUCCCGCGCCAUCUGCGAAACUUCGACUUGGACUGAUCUCCGAGGAUCCUGUGUUCCCACUACACCCACCCGUGAAGAGAGCACUGGCAAAUGCUGCGAAACUCCUGGAAGCACAAGGCCACCAAAUUAUCCCCAUACCCGCGGCUCGUGCACACGUCGCCGACGCUCUCGCGGUCGCAUGGGAAUACUUUGGUCUCGAUGAACUAUCUUUCACCCACAUAGAAGCGAGUGGUGAGCCCUUGGUCAAUUCAAUCAUCGAGGGCGGAAAAGCGUACGAGAGAUUCAAGUCCGACUUCUGCGCAGACAUCGCCAGCUUGCAAGGCACUGCCCGGAUUGCCGCUCUCAACGUGAAGAGGCACGCCAUCGCCGAAGACUGGCGAGCAAUCUGGAAAGAGGAGCGACUUGAUGGUGUGUUUGGACCGGGUGCGCAGAACACGGCGAUACGACAUGACAUGUAUGGAAUUCCACCGUACACGCUUUUCUUGAACACUCUUGGAUGUAGCUCCAGCUUGUAA